UCUCAAGGGAGCGGAAAAGCAGUUACUGCAUAGUAUGUAAAAAAAUAAAAAUAAAAAGGAGCCCAGACAACCCAGACAAGCCCACAGAUUACUGCAUAGACGAUGUAAGUAACAGGGGGUAUGUCUAGCAAACGUAACAGAAGGACAAUCAAGCCACGAAUAGCCCUUAAUGAACACAACACAUGGUCUUCCCUCACUUCCAUCUUCCUAUCUUUCUAUCUUCAUCCUAACUACUAUUAUGGCAUAAUCCGCAAUCCACCUCUCGCAACAUCUUCCAUAUCUCAUCGUAUCACCCAGAUUCAUAUUUUCCACCUUCUUUUACUAAUGAAAGGUAACCGGUUUGCAUUAUUUGGAUUACUUAAUAGGCGCAUAUGCCGCAAGCGAAUCCCACCUGAAUGGAUCAGGAGCCCAUCGUACCAAACUCGUACUAUUCGUUCUCAUCUUACUAGCCUCAAUGUAAGUCAUCCACCUGAAUGGUCUGGGUAGUGGCAUAGUACGACCGAGAUGUGUGGGGAUAAAUGGCAAGGCGGCUGGCUGUGCGGCAACGACUAGCUACUUUUGAUAAUUCUCUCGCGCCCCGAAAACUGCCUCGGUUUCGGUUUUUUUUUCUAUCGAGGCGAGGGAAAGGGGGCAAGAAAUAAAUAAACCGAAUAAGUAACUAGACCAACAAAGGAUC